AUGCGCCAAGAAGACCUUCCAGUCCAUCGAGAUCGCUUACAGCGGAGAGUGUGGAAACCCGAGGGAAACCAAGAACUUGGAUUGUCCUUGCACCAAGGAAUUGAAUCCGGUUUGCGCAACGAACGGUGUCACCUACGCAAACCCUUGCCUCUUCAGAUUUUGCGCUACAAACGGAGUCACCUAUGCCAACCCUUGCCUCUUCAGAUGCGCCAAGAAGACCUUCCAGUCCAUCGAGAUCGCUUACAGCGGUGAGUGUGGAAACCCGAGGGAAACCAGGAAUUUGGACUGUCCUUGCACCAGGGAAUACCGUCCGGUUUGCGCUACAAACGGAGUCACCUACGCAAACCCUUGCCUCUUCAGAUGCGCCAAGAAAACCUUCGAGUUCAUCGAGAUCGCUUACAACGGCAAGUGCUGA